AGAUACGUGUCGGUCGCGCGCCGAAUCCAGAUCAUAGAAGAAAAGGACCGAGAUAAAGAAAGCGAAAGAGAGAUCUAGAAGAAGAAGAAGAAGAAGAAGAAGAUGGCAUUGCAAUGGCUGAUUCUGUCGUACGUGGUUGCCGCGGAGGUCGCGAUCGCCGUCAUCUUGACUCUCCCUUACCCUAUGCUUCUGAAAAAACGCAUCGUGUCACUCGUCUCGCUCGUACUCCAGCCUGCCGCCUCCAUCGUCGCCUUCGCCGGGUUUCAACUCCUCGAUAUUUACUGGAAGAAUGAGCAUAGACUAGAGUGCUCAUCGGAGGUUUGCACUGCUACAGAACGAGAUCGCUAUGAGAAAUCCAUCUACAAGGCUCAGAGGAAUGUGGUUCUGUGUGCGGCUGGGAUCCUUCUCUACUGGUGUAUUUAUCGCAUCUGCAAGUACAACAAAGACCUUGACCAUUUGGAGGAGCUAGAGAAGAGAUACAAGGCAGACUAGUAGUCUCCUCAGAGUCUGGUUCUGAUGUUAUAAUAUCACCUCGGCUUGUUGUUAGUAGACGAUGAUUAAUCUCGAUAAAUCUUUGCACAGACCUUAUUUGUGUUUGAACUUGCAACUUUGAUUUACUUUUCGAGAAACAUGUUCUAUUCUAUUUCAUGUCCAGAAAAGUGACGUUUACAGA